CUCAUCGUUAGUUCAUGAGUGUCAUCAUCAAAUCUACGUUUUUCCAUUUUCGGGGCCAGGUUCAAGGAUAUUAUUCGUAUUAUUUGGAAUUAUACAGCGAAGGUGCAGAUUAUGGAUAUAUUUUGAGGCUCUCUGCAGUGACAUUCUCUACCUGUGUCUUCGUGUGGACGACACCCUUUUUUCUAUGUUCUGAAGAUCUGGUCAGAGUCUUACAAACCAAUCCACUACCACAGUAAACAGAGUGCAUCAAAGAUUCAUUUCAGAGAUUGAGCAAGCCAUCCUUCUUUGUGGUUUGCCGUGUGUCGGAGUUAAAGAGGGGUUCUCCAGCUUUAGGACAUGACUGCAGUAGAGUUUUGCGGCCUAUACAGAAUGUCUUCUUGUGAUAGUGAUAGUGAGGAUAGGAGGGAGAAGGGGUCGGGAGAGGAGGUCAGACUGAAUGUUUAUGAUAUGUAUUGGACCAAUGAAUAUACAACAACAUUAGGAUUAGGUGUUUAUCAUACUGGCAUUCAAGUUUAUGGAAAAGAGUAUGCAUAUGGAGGACAUCCGUUCCCAUUCACUGGAAUAUUCGAAAUAGAGCCCAGAGAUGUUACAGAUUUAGGAGAACAAUUUAGUUUCAAGGAGACGAUAGUUCUAGGUCAGACCGACCUCACAGAGGAAGAUGUUGUUAAAGUUGUUGACUGUCUCGGUAAGAAGUAUCCCGGUGAGGCAUACCAUCUCAUACACAAGAACUGCAAUCACUUCACCCAGGAAUUAGUACAAAUACUCUGUGGCAAGGAAAUACCAUCAUGGAUUAACCGGUUAGCCGCUGUAGGAGCACGCCUGCCCUUCAUGGAGCGGAUGCUACCCAAGGAGUGGCUUACCCCUCUAGCCCUAGUGGAGAACAACUCUGUCAAAGAACCUGAACCCUCAAGAACACCUAGUGACUCAGAAACAGGCAGCAAAUCAUCGCUGUUAUGACCACGCUGAAUCCUCCUUGGGGAAGGGUUUUUACACUAGAGUGCCACAGGGAUGCCAUGUGCGCUUGCUUUUAUCGUGACUUGAGGAGAGGUGACAGAUACGGAGGGUGUUUCUUGAGAGCAGUUAGCCACCGAGCCAUCGUUCCCCUUGUUUAGCAGAUAGUACCUCUCUAUUUAUUUGAUUGUAACAUCAGUAAACAGAAUGCGUACACUUUGCGGAUGGUUCCAGAUCCAGGCUCGCAUCGAAACCCAAAUAUACAUUUACUCUACUAAUAUAUCUAUACUGGGGUGUACAAGAUAUAAUUUAUCCAAUUAUUAUUGUUAUAAUAAUUUUUAUUAUGACUAUUGAAAUAAUGUUUACUGAUAAGGCAACCCUGUAUCAAUAAAA